AUGACCCCUCAGUCCUCUUCGUCAAACUUCAAAGUGGAGACGAAGACACUCGAGGAUAGUGAGCAGUCAAUUAAAUCGGACGAGGAUCCUCAGUUGGGCCUUUUUCACCAGGUGUAUGACUGGUUACAGCAUGAGAAGAACCGAAGAAUGGCCCGGAAGGCCCGACGCGCCGAGGCGGUCUCUGGCAACACGAAUGCUGUCUCUGAGAGUGAGGAACAUCCGGCAGAAGAGCCACGUUGCUCAGAAAGCUCAUUCUCACUUGGCGAGUUGGAGAAGAUCUUGGCCCAAUUCGCAGGUCCCCAAAAUGUACAUGGCCUAGCAUCGCACCUCCCUUUUAAACGCCCAGCUCGCCGUCGCCCCAGGGGUCUUCGCCGCGGCUCAGCUUCUGACUCCGAUGUUACGGACGUCGAGGCGCCAGUGCCAAAUGUAGAAGCUCACCUGGAUAAUUCCAAGACUCUCGCCUACACAACUAGCGCAGCAGAUGAUGAAACCACUGAAUCUAUCAAACGAUCCAAAGACCGAGAGGCAUGGAUCAUUUUUAAGACUGAAAUCGUGCGCCUUGCGCAUACUCUCCAGCUUCGAGGUUGGCGGAAGAUGUCAAUGGACAAGGCAGAGGAGGUUGAGGUCCAUCGUCUCAGCGGUGCUCUGACUAACGCCGUUUAUGUUGUCGUGCCACCCAAGCCUGUUUACAAGACGGAAAAUGGUUCUGCUCCCGUGCACGCAAGAAGGCCCCCACCGAAGCUUUUGCUGCGUAUCUAUGGUCCCCAGGUAGAUCAUCUAAUUGAUCGAGAGAAAGAACUGCAGAUUCUUCGUCGUCUGGGCCGCAAGAAUAUCGGCCCUCGUGUACUCGGAACAUUCUUGAAUGGACGUUUCGAAGAAUACUUCGAAGCCCGCCCUCUCACGCCGAAGGAGUUGCGAAUUCCCGCCACGGCUCGACAGAUUGCUAAGCGCAUGCGAGAACUGCACGAUGGUAUCGAACUUCUAGACGAAGAACGAGAUGGUGGACCGAUGAUCUUUAAGAAUUGGGAUAAGUGGGUGGACCGUUGUGAACAAGUGACUACUUGGUUGGACAAAGAGGUUGAAUCCCCACAAAACGAACUCAAGGCUGAAGCAGAACCUUGGCGCAACCGAGGCUAUGUUUGUGGUGUGCCAUGGGCAGCGUUCCGCAAGGCCGUGGAUCACUAUCGAUCCUGGCUUAUCGCUAGCUGCGGUGGGCUUGACGAGAUCAAGCGACAGCUCGUCUUUGCCCAUAACGAUACUCAAUACGGAAACCUUCUUCGCAUGGAACCAGCCUCCCAGUCUCCGCUUCUCCUGCCUGCGAACUCUCACAAGCAGCUCGUGGUUAUUGACUUUGAAUACUCAUCUGCGAACGUUGCUGGUCUGGAAUUCGCAAACCACUUUACGGAAUGGUGCUACAACUACCACGAUGAGGAGCUAUCUUGGGCUUGCAACAAUCGUCUAUACCCUACACCCGAAGAACAGCGUCGCUUCGUGAUGACCUAUCUCACCCAUCGCCCUGCCGUGACUGGCGGUGUCACCUCGCCUUUGGCCACUCCCGCUAUGCGGGGUGGCACUGGCAGCGCCGUCACACCCUUUAAUCUCGAUGAUGGCCCCGAUUCAUCCAGUUGGUCGCAGGAUCAGAAGUCCCUCGAGGAAGACCUGGAAGCUGAGGUGCGACGGCUUAUGCAACAGACCCGGCUGUGGCGUGCCAUGAACUCUGCGCAGUGGGUUGCUUGGGGUAUUGUGCAAGCCAAGACACCAGGAAUGGAAGAAGGGGUUUCUGAGAUGUUGGCUACUUCCAACAACGGGAAUGGUCAUAAAACCCCUGCCGAGACCAAGUUGGUCCCCGUCGAUGCCGACAUCGAUGAGGAAGAUGGCUUCGAUUACUUGGCAUACGCGCAGGACAGAGCCAUGUUCUUCUGGUCUGAUCUGUUGACUCUUGGUCUGAUUAACCCAGACGACCUUCCAGCUCCUAUGGUUGAACAUAUUCGGGCCCGGGCCGUUGAUUAUUGA